AACGUCCCAUUACCGUCACAAAUACAGGAAAAAUGGCGGCGAGUAUGUUGCGGCUCCCGCUGCGACUUUCCUCCAGAAAUAUGGGGAUAAUGACCCGUAACACCGGCUUGAAGACCUCAAAUAUACCCAGGACGACUCAAAGCAGGACCGCAGUGUCCACCCCGUCUGGAGCAAUUCUACCGAAGCCGGAAAAAACACCCUUUGGUCUCAUCCGCAUGACAUUAGUGGUGGUGCCUUUCCUUUAUGUGGGAAAUCUGAUCAGCAAGAACUUUGCCGCCCUCCUGGAGGAGCACGACAUCUUUGUCCCUGAAGACGACGAUGACGACGAUUGACCUAACUCUGGAAAAGUAAAUGGGUGCUUUGCAAUAUUGACUGAAAGCAUACCAGUCGGCACAAGGAAGAUGGGGAAGAUGGGGCACUUUGUCUUCCAAAUAAAUCCCUCUAUCUCCACCCUCUUCCUUUCCCUAUUCUCUAAUAUUUAACUUGUUUUGCCUUCAAGAAUUUAUCAGAAAUGUCAUAUCAUGUGAGGCUAUCACAACUACUAGUUUUGGCCUUGCUCCUGUUUGCAUGUUUGUGUGUGACCAAUAAAUAAAGAGUCUCUUAUGU